UUUGACAGGGAGUGGAGAUGUUGUUCACAAUGCAACCUGGCAGGAGGAUGAUUGUACUUCCUGUAGAUGUGUGAAUGGAAAAGCAGAGUGCAAGUCUAUGUUUUGUGAGACCAGAUGUUCCAGCCCCAGGAGAAUCUCUGGCCAGUGCUGCCCUGUCUGUGAUGGUAACUAAAUGGUUACUCAGCUCUGCCAUCCAUUACCUUCCAGUCAUGCACCUUUCAGAUGAUGAUUCCUUCAGGAAGAGAGAUCAGUGUCCAGAUCUAAACAAAUGUUCCCUGAACUGUCUAAGUGGCUUCCAGCUCAACGAAGAAAGUUGCUACAUUUGUAAAUGCAAGCCAGCUAAUUGUUACUUAGACUGCAAGGAUGGUUACAAACUGGACUCCAAAGGAAUGGAAAUUUGUGAGUGCGCCAAACCUUAUUCUAUCUGCCCAUCGCUGGAAAACUGUAAAAAACAAUGUACAUACGGACUAAAAGUGGCUAACAAUGGUUGUCAGAAGUGUAGCUGUAACAAGUGUCCACCAUUUUCAUGUGGCAAAAAGUGUGCAAAUGGUUACACGGAAAAUCAUCAGGACUGUAAACUUUGUAAAUGUAAAGAUAACAGUAGACUUAAUAACACUCCCUCCAGAUAUGAUUCAAAGCAUACAGGAAAGUCCUGCUUGUCUGUAGAAGGUCAGCUCCAUGAGGAUGGGGAUUCCUGGCAUGACGGGUGUCGGAUGUGUUACUGUUAUGGGGGGCAGGAGAUGUGUGCCCUGAUAUCCUGCCCACACCCCUCUUGUACAAGCCCUGUUUUCAGGCUUGGAGACUGCUGUCUUUCCUGUCCUGGAAAUAUUGUUUUACCCCAUAAAGGCAAAAAGGGAAAUGUGCGAGUCUCUGAAUGGACGUUACUUUGUGGAGGGGGAGACUUGGUACCUAGACAACUGCACUCAGUGUUUGUGUCACAGUAG